CCUCCGACAGGGAUGCAACCUGGCCCCGCUGCUGUUCAACUUGUUCUUUGCCGCGAUGCUCAUGGUCGCCGUGGCCGAGUUCGACAAGGACCCCAAGGUGACGGCGGACAUGGUCAAGAUCGGGACACAAAUGGAGUACACGGGCAAGAAGGGCAGGUCGGCGGGGAAGAAGACGACGGUAGCGACGGACGCGGAGGCCCUGUGGGCCAUACUCUACGCUGACGACGCGGCCAUCGUCUCGCGCUCGCCGGAGAGUCUCGAGAAGAUGAUGUCGGUCAUCGUGCGCGUGGCCGGCCUGUUCGGACUGAUGGUNNGACCCGGAGGUGUGGUACAACAAGGUCGAGGACGGGGCGGCAUGGUUCAUGAGGAAAUGGCACAGGCAGGAGGCGGAAGCGUCCGCGAAGCGCCAGCGCGCGAGGCAAGCAGAAGCAGAGAGUACGGCCACGUCAGGACCGAAGAGAAAGAGAGUCGGGGAAGUGGCGGUGGGGGGGAGAAACGGCGACCGGGCACUGCUGUAGAAGCGAGUAGGGCGGCCGAGGCAGCACUUGUGGCGAACAAUGUACCCGGCUGAUGCUGUUGCGCCCUGUUUCCCUCUUUGCUGUAUGCUAUACUCCUUUUUGUUUGUCCUUUGGAUUGCCUUCGGCCUCUGUGCUGUGUUUCUGUGUUUCUUUUUUUUCAUGUCCUCCGCGCGUACUCUGCUGUGUUGGGUACCUUGAUCUCGCUUUUGCUGUGGCUUUUGUUUUGUACAUCUGGCUGUCUGCCCAUCUGCCGCCUCUUUGUCCUGUUUGCUCCGUUACUCCCAUGCCCUGGUGCGUGGUGCCUGGUGCUUGUACGUUACCCUUUGAUUUUUUCUUUGGGCGGGUGUGGGACGCGUCCUCCUUUUUUUUUGUUUUUGUUUUAUUUUGAUCGGUUUCCGAGGGNACCCUCUUUGCUGUAUGCUAUACUCCUUUAUGUUUGUCCUUUGUGUUGCCUUCGGCCUCUGUGCUGUGUUUCUGUGUUUCUUUUUUUUCAUGUCCUCCGCGCGUACUCUGCUGUUUUGGGUACCGUGAUCUCGCUUUNGAGCGGUUCGUGCGGUGGCUGUUGUUUUCUUUCUCCGAGCGGUUUGUACCCUAUUUUUGUUUUGUUUCCCCGCGGCGUCGUAUGUUCCGGGUUUUGAGACCACGGGCUCACCAUUCUUUGUGGACUAUAGAGCUAAUGUGAGAAACAACAAUAACAAAUUAAUGGUAGCGGGCUGUUGUCAGCAAUAUUCGUACUCCGUAACCUUGUGCUAUUGUUUUCCAAUCUGAACUCAAAGUUGUCAAACGGUCGAGCUGGCAUGCAUGUGCAUAUGUUUGCAUUCCAUGCACCGCCCCUCGCCAUCUUGUCUUUAAACGUAUAGUCUGUACGACUUGGGAAGAAUAGACGGACAAUACACUCGCGGCACGUACGUAGGAGCAGCCGGCCCAUGUCGGGGCCAUUUUGAUACAGCUGGCUCAAGCGUUUGUGAUUGCGCCGACGGGGGGGGGGGGGGGGGNCGCAUGCAAACGAUUGCUGCCCCGUUCGAGCGUUACCGGUCUAAAAGGUGUUGAACUGCCAGGCACAACGAGAAAGGCGGGGGGUGGCGCAGAGCUCGUGUUUUUUAUGCGCCGAUUUCGUCCGCGGUCGUGUACAGAGAACCGGUGGAUUGUUUUGCUGUCUAGCCUCUCGCUUCUCUCCUGCUUGUCGUUCGAGAGAUGACAAAUGAGAAGUGAUGUUCGGUGUAUGUCUGCAUAGAUACCGUAGUUCGCAGGUCGUGGCUAAAGCUGCGUGGUUACAGUCUAGACAAUAAAAUCUUGAGGGGAGUUCCUCUCAUGGUUUGGUUUAGCUCCUCGUCUCACUACUCGCUUGGCUGUUUGGGUGUAAAGUGGAAAUAGUCAUGGGCCUGUAUUUGGUUGUCCCUCCAUAACUUU